UCUAAAUAUGGUUUGGUAUCAGAAGGGAAAAAAAAUUAAAAGAGCAAAACAAGUUGACCAAAUAAGAACACAACUCCAAAUGACCAUACCCACUUAGGAAUUCAGUGACUUAGUCAUUCACAUAUUCAACAAAACAAAGAAACUGCAUCAAAGUCUAGGACUUAUACUUCUCUCAAUGCCAAUGAAGCUGGCAAUUUGAUCAUAAAUUUUGUGUCUUUUCAAUCUGAUUUGAGUCAUUUUAUCUUUAAGGGGUUUUCUGUCAAUUUUCCAAAGUUUCAGCUAUGAACCGUGAGUCAACUGAUCCAUAACACAGUCAGAAUAACCAAUAUGGGUGAUUGGAAAAACUGGUAUCAAGAGGCUGCGAAUUCGAAGCCAUUGUUCAAAACGAUCUACACAACUGUGAUUAUCGGAAUAUUAGUUUCUGCGUUUUAUGUUUUCUCUGCCAUUAGCUCCUCUAAGUCACCCACCACUGCCUCCUCCACAAGUUGGCUUUCUUCUCCUUCUUCUGGUUCCUAUGUAGAUUCUUCUCACUUAAGUAUAACACCCAAUUUUUCCCGUACAACAAUGGGUGCAAUACCACCACCUGUAUCUCAAACUCGAAGCAAAUCUGCAACUCCUAUAUGGGAGGUUCCAAAAACUAAGAAAAUGCCACCUCUGAAGGUCUUUCGGCUGACAAAAGAUCUCGUUCAGCAAAGGGCAGAAGAUAAUGUCAUAAUAUUGACUUUUGGUAACUAUGCAUUCAUGGAUUUCAUCCUGACUUGGGUUAAACACUUGACAGAUUUGGGGCUCUCAAAUCUCAUGGUUGGUGCCAUGGAUACCAAACUGGUGGAGGCUUUGUAUUGGAAAGGUGUUCCAGUAUUUGAUAUGGGAAGCCAUAUGAGCACGCUAGACGUUGGCUGGGGUUCACCAUCCUUUCAUAAAAUGGGUAGAGAGAAAGCAAUUCUGAUAGACUCAGUCCUUCCUUUUGGUUUUGAGCUGUUGAUGUGUGAUACUGACAUGGUUUGGCUGAAGAAUCCAAUUCCAUAUCUUGCUCAAUAUCCUGAUGCAGAUAUCUUAACAUCAAGCGAUAGUGUUGUACCUACAGUUAUUGAUGAUAGGUUGGACAUUUGGCAACAAGUUGAUGCAGCUUAUAAUGUAGGAAUUUUCCAUUGGCGGCCAACAGAGUCUUCUAAAAAAUUGGCAAAGGAAUGGAAAGAAAUGCUUCUAGCCGAUGAGACAGUAUGGGAUCAAAAUGGAUUUAAUGAUCUUGUUCGCAGGCAGUUAGGACCGUCUGUUAUUGGGGAUAGCGGACUUGCUUAUGCUUAUGAUGGUAAUUUAAAGCUGGGAGUUCUGCCAGCAAGUAUAUUUUGUAGUGGGCAUACUUAUUUUGUCCAGGCUAUGUAUCAGCAGCUGAGGUUGCAGCCCUAUGCAGUGCAUACCACAUUCCAGUACUCAGGCACAGAAGGAAAGCGUCACCGACUGCGGGAAGGCAUGGUUUUUUAUGAUCCACCUGAAUAUUAUGAUUCACCUGGAGGUUUCUUGUCAUUUAAACCAUCUAUUCCAAAGAGCUUGCUACUGGAUGGGGAGCAUAAUCUGGAAUCUCACUUUACUCUUAUCAAUUACCAAAUGAAACAAAUAAGGACAGCCCUGGCUAUUGCUUCAUUGUUGAAUCGUACACUGGUCAUGCCGAAACUUUGGUGCAGGCUGGAUAGGCUUUGGUUUGGACAUCCAGGGGUUCUGGUGGGGUCUAUGACUAGACAACCUUUUGUCUGUCCUUUGGACCAUGUAUUUGAGAUAAAUGUCAUGCUGCAAGACAUGCCAUUGGAGGAUUUUGGCCCCAGCAUUGGUAUUAGAGAGUAUACGUUUUUUGACAAUCCGUCACUGCCUAAACAGGUGAAAGAGUCAUGGCUUGAAGUUCAUCUUUGUCAAGAUGGAUUAGGCGAUUGUCAUGCAUCAAACAAUACAACUCGACCAGGAGUACUCAGAUUUCCAAGACUUAUUAGUGAAGAAACGUUCCAGAAAGUUUUCUCCUCUUUCAAGGAUGUCAAAGUCAUUCAGUUUUCUUCAAUGCAAGAUGCUUUUGUGGGUUUCACUGACAAGACAAGAGAUGAGAAAUUCAGGAAACGUGUGAAACAGUAUGUUGGCAUAUGGUGCUGUGUAGAGAAUCAGACCCCUGGACACAUAUAUUAUGACAUGUACUGGGACGAGAAACCUGGCUGGAAACCAGUCCCGCCUCAAAAGUCAGAGGAUGAUCACCCACCUUGGUGAGGCCUAACAUCAUGAAGAUAUUUAAAGGCUCUACUAUCAGUAACAGAUAAUGGGGGAAGAAAAAAAUAGUCCACAGCUAGUUUGCUUCCUAAACACGGUUAUGUGAAGAGGUUGUAUUUAUAUUAGUAGUUGAGGAAGAGGGCUUUAUCAAUAUCCAUUGACAGACGAUAACUAAUUUUUUUGAUCUAGAGAAAAAGCCUGAUUGCGUUCUAUAUUUUCCCCUUUCAGGUUAUCCAUAGGAAAAAAUUUGAACUUGUCUAAACUCCAAAUAAAAGAAAUGUAACUUAAAGAUUCUGAGGUGAAGAUGGUCUCUGUACCUCAUUUCCUAGGUUUUAUAUCAUUUAUUAUGGUACACACUUAUUCACAAUUAUGCAGUUAAAAUUUGUACUUGUACAAGCUACAAAACAAACUCCUUGUAAUGGGGAUGGAGGUGUUUAGAAUGCUAUGAUCAGUACCUGUACUGAGAAUUAUUGUUUUAAUAGGGAAUUGGAGUUAUUUGUGGAGA